AGAAAUAUAUAGGGGGAGAAAGAGAGCGGGGCUACACGUUGUGGAUAAAGGCUGUCCGACGAGAAAAAUGAUGAUGAUGGAGUCGUGGCGGUGGAGAAUUUUGGAUUUACAAGAAAGGACUGCUCAAAUUUGACAGAGGGGGCUUUUUCGAGAUUACGCCUCUUCUCGGUCUCCUGCAUCCCAUCCCCUUUCUCCUCCUCUUUUUAUUUUCCCUCCUUCGAUUUCAUGUGCACAUCCUUGGUCAUAUAGGCGAAACAGUAAGGGGGUUAUCCCACGGAUGCAUGGGAAGGUAAAAACAACGGACGAAAUAAGACCGCUUAUCCAUCCAUACAUCCAUCCAUCCUUCCUUCCACCCUUUCUUGGACGCUCGUGAUAGACACCAUGAAAACAUAUUGGCUGAUGAAGCACGGAAAGCCGCUUUAAAUUAAAACAUCGCGUCUGCAUGUGAAAUAAAGACAUCCCCCUAUUUGAUGGAUCAUUCAUGGUGUAGCCCCAAGGAAAACGAGUAAUGUUGAAUCACCUGUCGUGGUGAAUUAUUCAUUAGUAACUAUAGGUAGGCUAUGACUUUUGUGUUUUUUCCACGUAGCAUUUUUUCCUUUCAUGCAAGGCCAAUCCAGUUUUGCAUUUAAGUGGAUGGUAAAAAGUGUCUGUGUGGAUUUGAUUGCCUUUUUGGGAAGGUGUGCAGGGGCAGACGACGGGGGUCAAGAGAAAGAGGGAGAUUUUUUUUUUUUUAAAAGAAGAGGAAUAAACAUGUUGCCUUCCCAAGAAGCCUCCAAGAUCUAUCACGGCAAUUACAACUACAACUACAACCCGCGGGCCGUCGGGGUGCUGUGGGCCAUCUUCACCAUCUGCUUCGCCAUCGUCAACGUGGUGGUCUUCAUCCAGCCGUACUGGAUCGGCGACAGCGUCAACACGCAGCAGGCCGGCUACUUUGGCCUCUUCCACUACUGCGUGGGCACCGGGCCGUCGUCCAGCCGGGAGCUCACCUGCGUGGGCAGCUUCUCCGACUUCAGUUCCAUCCCGUCAGGAGCCUUCAAGGCGGCCUCGGUGUUUGUGCUGCUCUCCAUGGUACUCAUCAUCGGCUGCAUCGCCUGCAUGGCACUGUUCUUCUUCUGCAACACCUCCACCGUUUACAAGACCUGCGCCUGGAUGCAGCUGCUGUGCGGUGUAUGCCUGGUCCUGGGCUGCAUGAUCUUUCCUGAUGGGUGGGAUGCCGAGGUCAUCCGGGACAUGUGCGGGGAGCAUGCGGGGAAGUACUCCCUGGGUGACUGCUCUGUACGCUGGGCCUACAUGUUGGCCAUCAUGGGCAUUCUCAACGCCCUGGUCCUCUCCUUAAUGGCCUUCGUCCUGGGCAACCGGCAAAAUGAUUUCUAUCUGGACGACCUGCAGACUGACAACAAAGAUUUUGCUGUAUCAAGAUGCAAACAAAUCAUGUCAACACAAAUUUCUUCUAUUGAGGUUCGGGAUAGAAGAGAGCCAAGGUACGGGGUCCAACGUCUUCACUGA